UCCAAAAAUACCCAUAUUGCAUGGGUUUGAAGCGCUUUUCACAAACCGGAAGCAGGGCUGGCAUUUACUCCCUCAAUGCGCGCAUUGUGCUAUUUUGGAGCCCCAACACAAAGAGCAAAGCCGAAACGCAAAGAGCGAUGCAACUAGCUCAAAGAGCGGUAAUGAGAGAGAAGAGUGUGUCUACAGUACAUCAUAAGGCGAUGCCGACGGAUAGUGUUGACAACAAAACAUAAAAUGUAUUGAUGUGUAGUGCACAGUGUUCUAUAACCAGACUGGAAAGAAACCCUCUCAUGUCAUUUGAAAACAAAACUUGAACGAUUGUUUUCCAUGACAGAGCUCAAAAGAAAAUAUUUCGAAUUGAAUCAUUAUCUUAUUUCACGAAUUAUAUUACGCUUAGAUUGGUUAUUUCCAAACCCACUCCACUUUUGUGAGGCUUUUUGAAAAUUGUUAAAGACUUGUCACACCUUUUAUCCCUUGAAAUAAUUUAUUUUGUCAAAUCAAUCAAUAUUCAAUAUCAAUCAAUAUUAAAUUUAAAUAUAAUUUAAUUUAUGCGCAAUAUCUGUUUUCUGUCAAAUUAUCAUUUUAAUUCCUUUUAAAUGAAAAAGUGUUUCUACCAAAUGGCAGGUAAGGGUUUCUCCUGGUUGAAAUGCUGUUGCUGCGAGAAUCUGUUUUGAUUUUUUUAAGCUUAACAUUCUAUAAAGUCCUAUAGAUAUAUUUCAAUCGAACAGCCCAUGGACUUUCAUUCAUUCAUUCACCGGAUGAAUAUUAAGUGGAUGAAUGUGCAGCGAAAUUGUUCAUUUUUUGUAAACACGGCCCGCAGUAAAGGUUUUCUUCCCGCUGGAAGUUGCAGCGUGACGUCAUCGUAGAUUAGUUCAUUCCGUGAAAUUAAUAUGGAUAAAAAAAACUAAAUUCAAUGUAUGACUCGGUUUGAUAAAGUUUCUCAUUUUCAUUCACGCUUCCGCGAAAUGAAAUUGAAAAACAACUGCUAUAAUCUUAUGUUGCAUGGAAUGCAAUGCACUGUAUUUAACUAAAUGCCAAGCACUUGCCAGUCGUUCAAUAUUACGUCAAAUAUUUGCAAUUCGGUAAAAUAACAAACGCAAGACGCAUUGCCACCAAAACAUCACAUUUAAAAUGUCAUCUUUCACAUCACAUGGACUUGUAAGUUCACUUAAGCCUUUUUCAAAUGUUUGUCUUCACUAAUGUUUACAUGUCAUUUGAACUGAAUGUACGGAGUGUUUUCCGCAAAGCCAGUUUAAACAUCGAAAAUGGCUUCGAAAAAACAGUCGGAAGUUAACUUGAGUGAUUUUUUUGUUAGCAAAAAGUGGAUUUCCAGCGAUGGAAGAGAAGUGAGAUCGCUUUGUUGUGUUUUGUGCGGGGAUCCCAGUAAAACAUUCAAGUGUGAGUCGAAGUGGAAUCUCAAACGGCAUCUAGUCACAAAACACAAAGAAAAAGCUAAGGAGAUCGGCUUAGACAAGGAUUUGGAGGAUGAAAACUGCGACCCCAAUGCACAGUCGUUCAAAAAUAAGAUCAAAGUAUCUUUUUGGGUGGAUCCGAACGACCACAAAAAGCGGAUGGUAAAAUGGGUCUCCGUUGGCAACGUCCCGUUGAAUUUCUUUAAUCUGAAGUGCGUGCAGGAAGUUCUACAUCCGAUAGAAGAGGGGAUGAAAAUUGGCCACACCAACCGACAUAACAUUUUACAAUAUGUCCAUGAUUGCACGGUUAAUGCUGUAAAACACAUUUCCUUGGAAAUGCAAGGUAAACUCAUUUCCAUCAAAGCUGAUUUGGCAUCCCGGAAGGGUCGGACUAUCCUCGGUAUUAAUGCGCAAUUCAUUAAACACGGGGAGAUAGUUGUGCGUACAUUGAUGAUGGCAGAAAGAUUUGAAAAAAACACCGCUGAGAAUAUUAUGGAGGAAAUUUUGAGAGCAUUGGCAACUUUUGAUAUUCAAUUGCCUCAAAUAUACAGCAUUACCACGGACAACGGCAGUAAUAUGCUCAAAGCGACCAGACUGACUCGUAACCUCCAGGAACUCAACGAUAGCUGCUUGGAUGAACGUGAGGAAAGCGAAUACGAAGAUACGGAUGCAGAAGGAGAUGAAGAAUUAAGUGCGGAUACCGAUGAGCCAAAUUCCAUUGAUUUCGAAACUACAGAAGAACCAUCUGAAUCGGACGCGCUGUGGGAUGACGAUUUCCACCUCCAAGAUAUGAAAGAUGAUGAGCUGCCGGUAAUAGAAAAAGCAAGUCUCACGGGAAUCAGAUGUGCGGCACACACGGUACAGCUAUCGGUGCUCGACGUACUGAAGAAAGAUACAGUGGCUAAAUUUCUAACUAAAACUCGAAAACUAGUCAAAACACUUCGAGCACAGCCGUAUGGAAAUAUGUUUAGACACGAUAAAACGAAAAAGCUGCCUUUCUUCGACGGGGAUACCCGCUGGGGCUCAUCACACCAGAUGGUUGACUGUCUGCUUCAACAGCAAGACUUCAUCAUUAGUAUGCUGCCACCAAACUUGCUGAAGGAUUACAGCGCCAACUAUUGGAAACGGGUAGAACAGUUUGUUCUUGUUACAACUCCUCUUUACGUCUUGACUAAGCGCAUCCAGGAAGAAACAAUGACAUGUGGACAACUUUUCUUGUACUGGAAAGAGUGUUGUUUGGAUUUAGAAGUACUUCAAGACACACUUGCUAAACAACUACUCGAUGCGUUAGUGGAACGUAAACCGAUGUGGUUCAACAACCCUGCUUUCUACGCAGCGUUGCUUGUAGAUCUACGGUUGAACGAGUUUGACCCACCAAUUCUUACAGCGGAGCAGAAAGAAGAAGGCAUAAUGCAUAUGUUGGCUACAUGGAAAUCCAUUAAAGCUGUCACUGGAAAGCAAAAAAUAGAAGUGGAGUCGACUGCACCAACAUCAUCCAAAAAUACCCCUCUAAAACGUGUCCAACAACUGCUUUCGGCCAGCAAACAAUCGAAACCACCGGAUAUCUCUGAAAUGGAAAAGAAAAUCCGACGCCUCUCAUUGGAACCAUCUCUGCCAUUGGAAUGUGAUGUGAUUGAAUGGUGGGAUAAACAGUACAACAAAGACGUUGACCUUGUACAACUCGCUCUCACCGUUUUGCAACUACCCUGUACACAGGUGUCGGUCGAACGUUCGUUUAAUGGAUUGGGACAAAUUUUGUCUAAGUUCAGGACGUCUCUUGGAUCAAUCCCUUUGCAGCAGAUACUGUUCUUGAAAGCGAACGAUAAUUUUAUUGAUUCCAUUUAUAUGAACUUCGCUUGAUUGCGAUUUGCGCAGCAUACGUGCGCAUUCCUUUUUUAAUGAAAUAAAACGUUAAUGGUUGAAUUCAAGCGUUACUGAUUAUUUCCUUGGGAGUGGUGAAGAAUGUUUCUAAUUGAAUAUGCCCGAGUUUUUGUUGGAAGAGCAUGAUUGGAGUAGGAAUGAUCUUCGUAGAUGUUAAGAAAUAUGUAAGACUCAUUAAUUGAAUUCUAGGUGAUUGAAAAUCGAACCAUUCUUUCCACUUUGAAAAGGUAACAUAGGAUAGAGGGGGAAGGAACCAUAAUUGAUUUUGGAAUUUUCAAUAGCAGUUUUUCGUUCAAAUUCAAAAAUUACAGGAAAAUUGGUUUACUGUAUUCCAUUCUUCAGCCGAAACACAGUGAACACAUUUUCAUCAAUUAUUUUUCAGUUUUAAACAGAACAAUUGCUUUUGGAAUUUCGAUUUAUAUUUAUAUUGUCAAUAUGCCUUUAUAUUCUCAAUAUGUUUGAAAUAUUACAGAAUGUGAUUGACGUUGCUUAUGACCAUGGGCCAUCAGACCCAAUUGACAGUAUUUGCUUUUCAUUAAUUAUGAAGCUUUAAACUUAAUUCGCCAGUUCAUUCGUCUCCAUGUAUUUGUUAUGUCUGAUUUCACUAUAACUAUGAAAUACUACGACUUUGACUAUAAUAUGAAAUACUAUACUAUUAAAUACGAUCAAUAGUAUGGUUAAUCUUAUUUGUUAGAUUCUAUAACACUUGCCCGAAUGCAUUACUAGCCUGAAUGCCACAUGCCCGAAUAUGUCAAGCUUGCAGCACUUCCGGAUAAAAUUUCCCUGUUGGAUAAGAUUUGAUUAAUCAUAUUCUUUUUUGCCUUUCAAUUUAUUUAUUGAACCGAGUUCUGUAAAAAGUAAGCAUUGAGAAAAUGGGCUGUGAAGUUUUCAAAUUCGUUUUC